GAAACUAAUGUGGCGUCAGUCGGUGAGGAAACACAGUGAAGAGAAAGAAGAACGCCUGAUUUAUAUCGACCGAGUAAAAAUCAUUUGUUGGUCGCUGUGGCUUCUCCUUUUUCCCUAUUUUCCACUAAAUACACGACUCGAAAAGCAACAAAAGGUUUUUUUCAUUGGUAAAUAAUGUACCAAAAUAAAAUUUAGAAAAUAUAAGUGUUUUUAAUAAAAGCAAAAAAUGAUGGCGGGCAAUGCGGAAAUAAAUGGCAAGACGAUGACAGAAAUAUUGGAGGAAGUUGUCGAGGGCGAGGAAGUGAUAUUCGAAUCUGAAGAUGUUGGAAAUGGCGAGGAUGGCGAAGUCGAGGAAAUUGUGGAAAUAAUCGAAGAAAUUGUUGAGGAAGUAGAGGAGGAUGAAGUGGACGAGGAAGCAAUUGAGUCACAUCAGAAACAAAUUUAUUGCCAACAAGAGGAAGAGGCAGAGAAUUUGGAGGAGGAAUAUUUAGAAGAAUUUGAAGAUGUGCAGAAAAGAAGAGGGACUCGAGAAGAAUGUUCUGAAAAAGAGAGAGUUGACGAGUACAUAAAGGACAAUUUUAUCGAGAACGGCCAAGCCGUUUCGAUGAGACGCGUCAAGAAUCGAGUUGGCAAUGGUUUAUCGAAAGGAGAAUUUGGAAAUAUCGUCGCCUAUCACGUUGAAGAGGAUUGGGAAGACGAGGAAUUGGAACAAGGAAAUAAUCACAUCGACGCUGAUAAUUCCCGGACCGAAGUAGAAUACGAUCAUCAUACUUUAAGUAACGCUGACAGCGAAAGUCAGGACGAGAUUGUAAAAAAUGCAGAAAAUAAUUUAGUUUAUACUGUUCUUAAUCCAAAGAAAUCCUCGACUGUCGUGAGGCCGAACCAUAAUCCCAAGUAUCAGGAAUCGGAUUUUAUAAAGAUGGAGAGAAUGGAAGAUGAGCCAAUCUGCUAUGAAGGCGGAGAUUUGGACGCCUUGUACGUGAACAAUGAGACAAUCGUAGAAACUCCAAAUCAACAGCAAUACGAAUUCGCAGACGUCUCCAUGGAGAACGCACAAGACUGGGAGCCGGAGCAAUCUGCUGAGCCGGCCCAGGAAGACAGUAACCAGGAUCAAAUAUUUCUCCACGAAGACGAGGACGGGCAGCUUUACUUUAAAGAUGACACUGGCACUUUGCAGCCCGUUUAUUUAACCGAGGAUGGAAACUAUGCCAUCGCCGGAACUGGAAACGAGGAGCCUGAGGUUCAAGAACCACAACAGGAAAUAAUGGAAGAAGAUAAGCAAGACGAAGAAACGAAUUACAUUCCUCAAAUGGAUUUCUCUCGACAAGUGACUAGCAAAAAGACCUCGAUAGUGACAGCUUCCAAUAUUCAACAAGAAAUGGACAAUGAAGAUAGUACUGUGACGAUUUCUCUAAUAAUUUCGGAAGAUGAGCAUGGCCAGAAGCGAACUCAGGUCAUUAUUCCAACUGCAGAGAACACAAAGUGCGAGAUAUGCAAUAAGAACUUUAAGACGUCUUUACAAUUACUUAAACAUAAUAGGUUGAAACACGCACGCGAGGAAGACAUCACAACAAGAAAUUUCCCUUGUGAUUUAUGUCCAAAAAGGUAUCCGGACCAGAAUUCGCUGGCGCGUCAUCGCAAGACGCACACGGGAGAUCGUCCCUUCCAAUGCCUCGAGUGUCACAAGUGUUUCCCAAGUGCGCCGACUCUCCGCCGGCACUUGAGCCUCCACAAUCCCAAUUCAAAGCCACUUCCUUGUAUUUACUGCGGACGCCGAUUCCUGGAGCAAGCCAACCUCGAUAAACACGAAUUGUCCCACCGUGCAGCGGAACAGCGACACCACGCCUGCGACGUCUGUCACAAGACAUUCGUCAGCUCAGUAGACUUGAGUAUUCACUUGAAAACUCACGAUCCGGAUAGGAAAUUCGAUUGCGAGGUGUGUGGUCGUGAAUUUAAUCGUGUUAACAAUUUGCAACGUCAUAUGAUGGUGCAUCAACAACAAGGAGAAAGCGAGGAGGUUUUGGCCUGCGAGGUUUGCGGCAUCACUUACAAAUUCAUGAGCUCUCUAACAAGACACAUGGUGACAACGCACAUGAAUCCCGAGAAGCUGCGCCAGCAGGCGGAGGAGCAGAGGAAGAAGCGCGAGAACAAUUACAAGCGGUAUUUGGAGAACCGACGAUUGUACGAAACACAGCGAGCUGGCGGCUACAUUUCGAAGCGCAGCUACUACAGCUCGAGAUCGGGAGACGACCAGGAUGAGCACGAUCAAGUUUGAUUGCAAACUCGGAAGAGAAAUCUGAUGGUUUACUCUAGUCCUUCGCGCAUGGAGAUGCAUCGGUACAAAUGACAUUCUAUUUGCUGAGAAUGCCGGGCGAGUAAGAGUAAGGAAUUAAGGAUGCAUUUAAGUCGAUAAGUUUCGGUAGGUUUUAGAAUUGUAUCUUGACUUUCAUGCCAAUGAUAACGAGUUGAGGGAAGGAGCCAUUUUUCAAAUAAUUGUAUAGUGUGUCAAUUCGAAUUCAAUGUAAAGCCUUCAGUGAAUGUGUAAAUUAUCAUCAGCGACUGUCAGAAAAAUCAUGAAACAAUUUUUCUUUCUUUAUAUACCUUCUUUUUUUGCUUUGCCGACUUUUACUUCGGCAAUUUCAAUAUUGCUUUACAUUAUAUUGAUAUUAAAGUGUAUCUCUGUUCACUAGAUAUAAUAAUAUAAUUUAAUAAAGUACAAAUGAUUAUUCAUUUUGCAAUUCCCACUA